AUGUUUGACGACGUUGCGGGUCCACCAUGCAAGGCACGCCUGGUCCAAGCUCGACCAACCUUAUCUCCCCAUAGGAGUAAUCAGGGUACUCAAGCCGAUCACCAGAGCCGACCUGGUGGUUCACGGGUUCAAGCUGACUGCAGUGGGUUACUCAAUACCAAAUUGUCGGGACAUGCUAACAGCGCCCGGGCAGCCCUAAACCCGCGCUAUUUCCACCGUGAUCAGGCGAUAGACAAAAAAUCUGUUUAG